GCGCCAGGCGGUGUUCUGUGGGCUUGGAUGAAGAUGAAGCAUGGGAUUGUGUGUCUAGUGUCUAUUCUUCUUGUCAGGAGAUUUGAAGUCAAUAUUGUAUUUGAUAAGGUGUUUGUGUAAGGGAAAUUUCUUUAAAGUUUGUAAAUUAAUAAAUAAGUAUUUAUAAUUUGUUAGAACGUUUAAUUUAACAAUGAGUGUGCUACAAGCAGUUUUUGAUAAGUUUUGGGAUCCCGAUAUAUGGUUACCUCCCAAUAUAACCUGGGCGGAUCUUGAAUCAAACGAUAAAAUUGAGUAUGCCAACUACAAACAUCUACUAUAUCCUCUCCCGAUGGCGGUAUUAGUUCUAAUCAUCCGGUACUUUGUCGAAAAGUUUUGUUUCAUUCCUCUGGGCUUAUACUUAGGUAUAAAAGGAAGUAAGCAUAAAAAAGCCGUCAACAAUGAAAUUUUAGAGAAAGCUUACAGGCAAAAUAUAAAGAUGAAACAUAAAGAAAUAGUUGGUAUGGCAAAACAGUUGGACUGGACAGAACGUCAAGUUGAACGGUGGCUGCGUCUUCGGAAAGCUCAAGAUAAACCUUCAACUCUGACAAAAUUCUCAGAAAAUGGGUGGAGGUUCACUUACUAUACUCUGUCAUUUUCCUUUGGAUUGUACAUUCUGUGGGAUAAACCUUGGCUGUGGAAUUCAGAUUUAUGUUGGGAAAACUAUCCUCAUCAGAGUGUGGCUCAUGGGGUGUGGUGGUACUACAUGACCUCAUCAGCUUUCUACUGGUCAUUAAUGGCUUCCCAGUUUUACGAUGUGAAGAGGAAAGAUUUCUGGCAGAUGUUUACACAUCACAUUCUGACUAUAUUCCUGGUGGAUCUCUCUUGGGUGUGCAAUUUCCACAGGAUUGGCAGUACAACCCUUAUGAUUCAUGAUUUUGCCGAUAUAUUUUUAGAGGCAGCGAAGAUGGCGAAAUAUGCAAAGUACCAGCGACUUUGUGACAUGAUAUUUGUGAUGUUUACUAUUGCUUGGCUGAUAACAAGAACAGGCGUAUUUCCAUUUGUGCUGAUAUAUAGUACAACAGUGAGAGCACCCAUCAUCGUGAACACACCCAUGUUUCCAGCGUAUUACAUAUUCAAUGGACUGUUAUUUUUGCUCCUGGGACUCCACCUGUUUUGGACUUAUUUAAUAGUAAAAAUUGCCAAGUCUGCCAUCUCUGCAGGACAGAUGGAAGGUGAUAUAAGGAGUUCGUCUAGUGACGCUUCAGAUGUAUCCAACAACUCAGUGAACCACCAGCAAGGCGAUCACAACUCAUCACCACACAAACCGGUGGAGAAGUAACACAAACACCACCUCACCAAAGACUCAUCAUCACGGCAGUAAAACUGGUCUCACUGUUGUUGAUUCUGCCAGCAUUUCAUUUUCCUUUUCUUGUAUUUAUUUAUAAUCAAAGUGUUUGUUUUUAUUUGUAUAUUUUUGGAAGAUAGCUUAUAUAACAAUAAAAUAAAAGUACAAUAUUUAAAAAGUAAUUUA